GAUCGUCACCGGAUUACAACUGUAUACUGCGUCUACAACCUUGCUUGACAGUGACAUUGGGCAGGUGACAGUCAUAAGGUACGAUGGGAAUGGAAGCUAAGUGUCAGUGUUCCAAAAGGGAUAAUCUUCUACUGCCAUCACGUGGAUAGAAUAUGCUGAAUUCUCAAAAUUUGAACUAGUUGGUACUACCAGGGAAACGUCCCAAAUAAUUAUGGUAAAGUAUGCUAGUUUGGAUACGAAGAUGUUGGAACUAUAUUGUGCGUCGUUUUUUCUUAAUGGGUCACUCUAAAUGGUUGUUCUCUUGUCUAGUGGCUCUUGAGACAUCUCAGCUGGUACGGUCUUCAGCAUUCGGGUCAGGAUAUCGACCUCGAAUCACUUAUGAUACAACCACCCAGAAAACACAUUUCAUACCACCCUUCAUGUUCAAUUAGACUAAUCACAACGCCAUUGAUAGAUACAGAUUCUGGGCGUGCUGCAUUAUGGUGGAAACCCUGUAUUGUUUACAUGCUGGACUGCAUCUGGAUACACAGUCGGGUGGUUGUGCGCAGGGGCUCUGAUAUAUGUUUAAAUGACAAUCAUCCUAGAUGUCACGAGGAGCGAAGCCCGAAGACGAAGUCUUAGCGCAGUAAGC